AUGUGCAAGUUCCCCCUUCUUUUCCCCCCUGGUUUCACGUGGGGAUGGGACGUCAUACCCAUGCGGAACGGGAGGGAUGAGCAUGGGCACGUGGGGCUGUUCUAUAACCUCACCACUGCACCGCACCGCCAGCCUAUAGUCUUCUUGGAGCAUUUUCAGGCUCGCUUCGGCUCGUGGGAGUGGGAGGUCAUACCCAUGCGCAAGUUCCCCAUCGGGCCGCGCACAGGCGAGCUGGCCGUGUGGAGGAACGUGUUUCUGGUGGUGCGAGCACCGCAGGAGGGGCAGUAUGGGUUCAUGCUGUGCGAUAAGGAGCACAAGCAGGUGAAUGGAGGGGGGCGGGAGAGUGGGAUGCGUGGAAUGUGGGAGAGAGGGACAGUACGGAACCAGGACAACAUCACAUUCGACCCUGACUUCCUCUUCCCCAACGACGCAUUCACGCGCCUCGCACACGCCAUGGCUGAUGCCAUGGGCGGCCCACACCGCUUUGACUACAUACACGUGCGGCGGGGGGACAAGCUGGACGCUAGGCGCUGGCCGCACCUGGAUCGAGACACCAGGCCCGAAGCUCUCCUGCAGAAGCUCCCAUCGCUUGUCCCGCCAAACACCACUCUCUACAUCGCAACCAACGAGCCACACCCCCACUUCUUUGACCCUCUUAAGGCUGCAUACAGCGUGUACAUUCAAGAGGAUUUUGAAUCUCUCUGGGCCAAAGGGUCGGCGUGGGAAGCCGAGAUGAGGGAGGUUGCGGCUUCGGUGGGUGUGGCGGUGGGGGAGAGGGUGGAGUUUGGCAGUGAGAUGCAGGUGCUGGUGGACUAUGCGCUCAAGAAGCUUGCGAGGCGGACGGUGGAGACGUUUAACGACCUGACUGAUGAUCCCAAGGACGGUGAGAUGCGGUGGAGAGUGGUGACAUGCGGUGGAGAGGGGUUGUUGGGGGAGUUUGGCAGUGAGAUGCAGGUGCUGGCGGAUUAUGCGAUCCAGAAGGUUGCGAGGAGGGUGGUGGAGAUGUUUAACGACCUGACUGAUGAUCCCAAGGACGGUGAGAUGCGGUGGAGAGCGGCGGGAAGGAGGAGGGGAGGUGGUGGGAAGGUGGAGCGGAAGUGGUGGGGAAGUGUUGGGGAGUGCUGGGGAGGUGGUGGGAAGGUGGUGUGUGUGUGA